AUGGUGGCAUACUUCCCGGUGAUGAUGAGCCGGCAAGCACAGGACUGGCUCGAGUCUCUUCCUACCGGCUCGAUCAAUAGCUGGCAGGACCUCUGCACUGCCUUCGUCCAAUACUACCAAGCAGCCUACCCGAGCCCCAAAACCAGAUGGGAUCUGGGUAGCAUCAGGCAACGACCUUCCGAGUCCCUGCGUGAUUACAUCAAAUGGUACUUCGCUAACAGUAACACAAUUAUGGAAGUUGAUGACAGGGACGUGAUCUACCACUUCCACCAAGGCCUCCAUAGCAUCGAACUAUGGAGAAAGAUGUUUGAGUCCAACCUCAAGAACGUCUCCGACAUGAUGGCCGUCGUCAACAAGCACGCCGACAUGGAGGACGCGGAGCGCGCACAUCGCCGUCACAAGGAUCGCCGUGAACCCGCUGAUCGUCCCCGCCAAAGGGACGACAACCCGGCUCCCCCAAGCGGGGAUCAUCCACCACGUCAUGGCAAGAACCGUGACCGCGCCGAGUCAUCCAAGGCCCGCGAUCGCAAGCGCGGCCAUGACAAUACCAUCGCUAUUGCCGACCGACCUCAGCAAUGUACCUCCCUCGACCAGGAGGAGCUCGACAGGCUCCUCGACUCCAAGUGCCCUUGGCACAAGGACGCCAACCACACCGUGCGAGAAUGUCGCGCCCUCUCCAACAGCGUCACUCCAGAAGCUCCCGCGGCCGUGGCCAUCGUAACUGCUCGCCCAAGCGAGAUGAGGAGGACCAGCAGGGCAACAGGCUCCAGCGCCCCGUCCUGCAAGCGCAGCAUCAAGCUGCACAAUUGCGACGUCAACUCGGUGUUCAGGCACCCGGUUGAACCUCUUCGCUGGUCGGAAAUCCCCAUUACCUUCGACAGACGCGACCACUUUGUUCACCUGCCCAGGCCAGGUGCUUACCCGCUCGUGGUCAACCCGGUGAUACGCCAGAUCCAUCUGGCCAGGGUACUCAUCGAUGGGGGCAGCACCCUCAAUAUCAUCUUCGCCAAGACUCUGGAGGACAUGGGCUUUGACAUGACCAAGUUGGUUCCUUCAAACCAGGCCUUCUACGACAUCAUCCCAGGUGCGGGCUCAACUCCGGUUGGCAAGUUCACCCUCCCCGUCACCUUCGGUACCUGUGACAACUACCGCACGGAGUCGAUCAUCUUCGAGGUGGCCCCGUUCGAGACUUCCUACCACGCUAUACUGGGGAGACCAACUCUCGCCAAGUUCAUGGCGAUCCCCAACCACACAUAUCUUCUCUUGAAGAUGCCGGCUCCAAACGGAGUCCUUUCCAUCCACAGCGACAUCCAGACAUCUCACUGCUAUGAGACGGAGAACAUCAACACCGCCGAGGCCCUAGAGAGAAGUAACAACCAAGCCAUGGUCGCUCAGGCGGCAAAGGCACUCACAAUGGACCAGCUUCAGAAGCCAUCCAACAACUCGGCACCAGAGUCCCAGUUGCACCCCGACAGCCAGACAAAGGCGAUCGUCCUCAGCGACAACCACCCCGAUAAAACAGCCUUGAUCGGGGUCGACCUCGACUCCGUAUAG